ACACGUGCCCCGGAAUCGUGCUGGCUGAUACGACUGUUGACUGGGACGAUGGUGUGCCGUUCCUGUUCAUCUCACUGGAUUCAUAGCAAAGCCUGUCACUGAACUUCCAAAACGUUCCGUACAGCAGAUGGCUGACCAAGAUCAACUCGAGCUGUCUGAUGCUGAAUUGCCACGUGCUGGGCCCACCCGGCUGGGAGAUUUCCUACCAGAUUCGUCAUAAAGCGUACAGCUGUGCACGACAUCCCGAAAUUACCCCAGAUAGAAAAGGCUCUCUGAUCAUCUGCAACAUGGAUGAGAACCGACAUCAUGGCCAGUAUCGCUGCGAGGCCAGCAACUCGCAGGGCUCCCGGGCGUACAAGGAGAUCACCGUGACAAGAUCAGCCAUUCGCAGAUUUCGCUCGGGCUUACUGGAGCAAUACACUGGACUAGUGGAACCUAUCUCUUGCAGGCGGGAGCCGGCCCCGUUCAUCGAGAUCACCGACCUGAGAACUUUGAAUCGCCAGCAACGCGGACAGCGAUACCAGUAUUGUAUUGAGGUGCGAUGCACGGCGACAGGCCACCCUGAGCCACUGAGCUAUCGCUUUCGUUACAAGGAAAUUCCAGUGCCGUCUCCGUUCCUGCACCGAGGCAUUACUGUCUCUGGCAACGUCCUGACCCACUGCAAUACCUCGCUGGCCAACCUGGGCGGAUCGUACACCUGCACGGCUAGCAAUUCCUUGCCUAGGUCGGUCUCUAAGAGCAUCGACGUCACUGUUGCUGCUCCUGUGGAAAACUUUGUGAGGGUGGUACACUUCACACGCACAUCCUCACCGCAAGGCUGCACGACUUUCAACUGCCAAGUGGAUGGCGCUCCACAACCGCUGACGUACCGGAUGACCUACAAUCGCGGAUCUCUUCCGCCUGGAUUCACCUCACUUAGCCAGACCUCUUUCCGAUACUGUGGCCCUUCUUUGCCGGGCGGCACUUACCGUUGUUCGGCCAGUAAUCGCCAUGGAUCGCGUGCUUUCAAGGACAUCACCAUACGUAAGGAUACAUAUAAUUAUGAGCUCUUGCUUGCUUUUGCUACAAAAAGGCCAGGUUCGCUCCUUGUAGAUUGUUCUGGCGAUGGGUGACUGGCCCGAAACGUCAAUAAUAUUCAGCAUCACAAUAAAAUAAUUUUUAACUUAAUGCAGCGCAUGUGCAGAUUGUGAAUAGUAACUAAUUGGAGCGCUUGUCAGUUGACAAACCCCAUUUUCUUUCAUAAUGCAAUUGGGUGGCGUCCGCAACUUUCUUAGUAUAUGUAAGGAUGCUGGGCAAUUGGAUAUCUUACAAGUAUCCUUUUCUUAGCUAUUCAUGUGUGUGUUCGCUUUUGCAUGCAUAACAAUGUGUCAGCACUGAGGUGAUAGCUCUGGAUAUGUUUGCUUGACUCAGAGCGAGUUGCGGCAGUUU